AUGCGUUUAAUCCUCACCGUCAUGCUAUCAUUCAUUCCUUACCUUUAUUCAUCUCCUCACCGUCCCUGCUCAUCCCCCGUCGCUCGUCCUCGGCUCCGGCGGUGCCGUCUGAGUCGCUUGGCCACCGCAUUGGUCGCGACGUCGGGUCUUCUCCUGGCCUCGGUGGCGUGGCUCUCCCUGGUAUUCUCACCCGCCACUUCUCGAUGCUGGCAUCUCCUUAGGGACUGGGAAGACGCUCAUAUCUGGAAGCAUCCUCACAUCCCGACACAAACACACAUCCCAGUCCCUCAUGAGCCAAGGAAUCGUAGCCUCUGGGAGGAGGAGGAGGAGGAUCUGUCUCUGAACCACUUGAUGUUUGGUAUCGCUGGCUCUUCCCAGCUCUGGGAACGACGCAAGGAGCUGGUGAGGCUAUGGUGGAGGCCCUCUCAGAUGCGUGGUCACGUCUGGCUUGAAGAGCAGGUUUCUCCAGAGGAAGGAGAUGAUUCUCUUCCUCCUAUCAUCGUCUCUGAGGACUCCUCUCGCUUCCGUUACACCAAUCCCACUGGCCAUCCUUCUGGACUCCGAAUCUCUCGCAUUGCUAUGGAGUCUUUCCGCCUCUCUCUCCCUGGUGUCCGCUGGUUUAUCCUCGGUGACGACGACACUAUCUUCAAUGUCAACAACCUUCUUGCUGUUCUCACCAAGUACGAUCCUUCCCAGAUGGUUUAUGUCGGAAACCCCUCCGAGAGCCACUCUGCUAACUCUUACUUCAGUCAUAAUAUGGCCUUUGGAGGCGGCGGCAUUGCCAUCAGCUACCCUCUUGCCCAAGCUCUCUCUCCCAUCCAUGAUGAUUGUAUCGAUAGAUACCCUAAGCUUUACGGUAGUGAUGAUCGUCUUCACGCCUGCAUCACUGAACUCGGUGUUCCUUUGUCCAAAGAGCCUGGCUUUCACCAGCGGUCCAUCUGUUACGAUCAUACUCACAAGCUCACAUUUUCCAUCUCUCUUGGUUAUGUUGUUCAAGUUUUCCCCAAUGUCCUCCUACCCCGCGAUCUUGAGCGUGCUGAGCUUACCUUCUCUGCCUGGAACGGGAUAAGACAUCCCAGUGAGUUUGAUCUUGACAUUAAGUUUCCAGUUUCAUCUCUCUGUAAGAAGCCUAUACUCUUCUUCUUGAACGAGGUAGGACGUGAAGGCAAUGCCACUCUUGGAACCUACUCUAGAUCUUUGGUAAAAGAUGAUUUGAAGAGGAAGCUUCUAUGUUUUCCACGCUCUCCUCCUCUCCCUAAUGUGGAAAAGAUCCAGGUCCUUGGGCUUCCUCUCAGCAAAAAUUGGCACUUGUUGAUGAUUCUUCCUUUCUUUUUCUUCGCUGCUCCGAUCAGGCGCCCAGACGGUUGUGUUGCAGAUCAACUCCAACUACUAAUGAGCCUUUCAGAUUUACAGUUGGGCAGUGUGGAAAGAUCAUUUUGGGUUCCACGAUUAGUUCCCAAUGAACACUUUAAUGAUGGUGGAUACUGGAUCUAA